GCCUGCGCAGUCUGUCCAUGUCAGUCUGACAGACAACACUCUGCAAAUGCUGUGUUCUAAUUGUUUGUUGUUAAAGGAAUUGGUUUUUUGAGCACCCAUCCGCCAGGCCCCCGACGUGCCGCCAGCAGGACGCCGCCCCCGAGCCGCCUGCCGCGAAUGUGAAGAGGUGUCUUCGAGCUUUGUUGUCUGAGGGUCGAUCACGUUCCUCGUGCGUAUUUCUUUAGAGCAGGUUCCAGCCAACGACUCCAAAAUUCCGGUACCGACGAGAAACAAGGACCAUACCGGCCACCACGGUAACGGUGAGAUGAACAACAAGAGGAAAAACAGAGGGCCUGUGAGGACCCAGAGGACCAGAUCUGUUAUAGCCGAAGGGGUCUACAACAAUGCACAUUUCAUGCAUUCAGCCACUCUACAAAUCGGAAACGUUGUUCGCAUUAAAACGGCGUCCGGCGUAGUAUGGGAAGGCGUGUUCAAGACGUUCUCGAGCAACUUCGACGUCGUCCUCGAGGUGGCCGCGAAAGUCGACAACCCGAACGGCCCCGCCCAGACCCUGAUCGCCGACAGCCUCGUCGACAAGCUGAUCUUCAAGUCGGGCGACAUCUCGACGAUGGAGGCCCGCGACGUCGACCUCGAGUACCCGACCAAGGACACGUUUCAAACCGACACGGCGAUAUCGGCCCGCCUCAACGGCAACAGCACCAAGUCCGAGGAGAAGGAGCUCGAGCCGUGGGACGCCUCCUCCGGCGUGAACGGCGGCGGCGGCGAGAACGUCCCCCUCGAGCUCGAGAACGCCAACGGCUGGGACGCGAACGACAUGUUCAGGAAGAACGAGCAGGAGUACGGCGUGACGAGCACCUUCGACCAGUCCCUCAAGGGCUACACGGUGCCGCUGCGCAGCGCCGACACCGCCGACUACCGGGAGGCCGAGGCCAAGGCCACGCAGAUCGCCAACGAGAUAGAGAACCAGCCCCAGUACAAGGCGCGGCUCGAGCUCGAGAACGGGGACGAGGAGGCGGCGUUCGCGGCGGUGGCGCGCCCCAACCAGGAGCCCAACGACAAGUACAUCCCCCCGGCGAAGCGGAAGAACCAGAACUCGGGCAAGCUGGUGCGCAGCACGCCGCCCCCGCCCCAGGCGCAGAACGCGCCGUCGCCGAAAGGGACGGCCCCGCCGCCGAUGGCGUACCCCACGCACCCGUCGCCGGCGCCCGUCCCCAACAACGUGAUGCCGCACAUGCCGCAGAUGGGCAUGCAGCCGCAGCACCACGGCCGCCCGCACUCGCACACGCCGCCCCACGGCUACGGCGGCCAGAUGCAGCGGCCGCCGCAGAUGGGGCAGAAGGCGGCGCAGCAGAUGAACGGCGACGCCAAGCCGCCGAUGCGGGGGCCGCGGGGGGUGUAUCCGGGGAGCAACAACGGCCCGCCGCAGGGGUACCAGGAGCCGGCGAAGGCGCCGCCGCCGCCGGAAGCGGCGAUGGGACACAGGCACCCGAGGGACGACACGAUCAAGGAGCUGCACGGGUUCGCGCAGGACUUCAAGCUGCCGCCGGCGGAGCAGCCGCCGCCGACGCUGCCCGGACAAGUGCCUAUGGAUCAGAUGGCGGCACCGCCGCCGCCGCAGGUGCAGCCGCAGCCGCAGGCUAAGCCGCCGCCGCAGAACACGCCGCCGCAGCAGCCGCAGCAGUCGAUCUCGCCGCAGCAGGACGUGGUGGAGAAGGUCACGAACACGUUCAAGAAGAGCACGCUGAACCCGAACGCGAAGGAGUUCGUCUUGAAUCCGGCAGCUAAGCCUUUCCAACCGAGGUCGCCGAGCACGCCGUCGGCGAGCCGCCCCCACACCCCGCAGACCCCUAGUCACAGCCCCUACAUCCCGGCGACCGUGAGCGGCCCCGUCGGCCAGCCGCACAUGCCCGUCGUCAUGCCCCUCGGCUACAUGAUGACGAACCCGCCGCAGUACCAGCAGCCCCAGGGCAGCCGCAUGAGGAAAAGUGAGUCGCUUUCGGUGCUGCGCGCCCGAGCCGCUUGCGUUACGCCGCCCUCGUUUCCAGUCCCCAUGGGCCAGAUGCGCACCGACGUGACCAGCCAGAUGCAGGUGGCCGCCGCCACCGGCCAGCCGCUCCUCGCGCCGCCCAUCCAGCAGUUCGUCUACCCGCCGGGCAUCAACCCGCAGGCCUACCCCCAGAUGCACGCCCUCCGCAUGUACGAGACGCAGCCGCAGAUCCAGUACCUGCCCCCGAACCCGUCGAACGCGCCCAGCCCCGCGCAGCCGCCCCAGUACACGCCCGGCCAGGGCCCCCAGCCGCCGCCCCAGCAGUACCAGGCGGCGCCCCCGCCCCAGACCCACCCCCAGAUCCCGCCCAUCAUGUGUUCCAUCUUCCAGCCGCACAUGAUGCAGAACAUGCAGUACCUCCAGCAGCCCCCGCCCCCGCAGCACCACAUACCCGUCAUGCUGCCCCACCAGCACCCGCAGGCGCAGCAGCACGGACCCGCCCCUUAGCGGUAAUCCACGCGCUGUGGUCUAGGUAAUUGUCAUUGGUCCCCUCCCAAGUCCCCCCACUCCUCCCGGAAACGUUGAUUUUUUAUUAGUAAGUUUUGAGUUUGUUUAGUUGGUAACAUCCCUCAAAUGACUGUUACAGACGUCGGUGAGUCGGUUUGUAUUAGGAGAAAAAGUUUUCCCGUUUUUUUUCUUUUUUUUUUACACACGUUAUAGGUAUAAGUACCUACGAUUAGGAGGGGGUGCGCCGUCAUCGGGUUUUUACUUUAAAGUAGGGUUAGGCGACCGGAGCUACGCUGUCGACCCAACACACAUAACCUCACUUUCAUACGAGUGCAAUCGUCGCCGACUUUUUAUUUAGACUGAGCGAGACCUCAUGACGGUGGACCCGUCAAUUUUCACUCUAUUAAUUUUUUUUUUGUUUACACUAAGUUGGGACUGUUUUUAAUAUACAAAGCUUCCAUUUACAUUUUUUACAUCUAGUUAUCGUUUACGUCGCGGAACCGUGUACAGUCCGCGACGAACCAAUUGUCUCGACUCGUUUAAUUCGUUCAAGACUGUACUUAGAAAUAAUCGAGGCCUACUUAUCCAAAUUAGCUCAAUUUUAGUUGUUUUUAGUUGUAGGUCGACGGCCUUGGUUAUUCUCUACCUUAAGCUCUAAUUUAAGCUUGUAUAUUGAUAAUGGUCUAUCGUGACGUCAUCAUUCAUAAUAGACAAAGUCGAAGAGAUUUCAGACGGAAGUGUAUAGUGACUUAGUUAAUUUAACUUAAGCUUAAAAACAAAAACGAAAAGAAAAAACGUAACCACAAUCAGGAGUUCGCUUCAAUUUCUGUCGUCUGUAAGGUUAUUUUAAGCACUUUUGUUAUUUCUCACAAAAUUUUAUUGUUUUUUUUUUUUAAUUAUUAUUAUUAUUAAUAUUAUUGUUUGUUGUAUGUUGUAUUGUUGGGCCGGCCCACGCAUUUCCCGCGAGCGCAUUUCUUUUUUUUUAUUAUAAUUUCGUGUUUGUUUCGGAAACAGCAGUCACGUGGUCGUGCAUCUCAUAACACUGAUUCAUUCCAUUUCGAGCAGGUCAUACUCGUUUGCAGCAGUUUCACUGUAACUUCGUUGAUGAAUAAAAUUUUUAACGGGGCCCCCGCACUAUUAAUCGACAAGACGGGGCCCCGCCGAAUAGGUGCCUUAAUGUGUAAAACUUGUGUUUUUCUCAUCAUGUGCGAUUCGAUGCAAUCUUGGCACCUGUCGAACGAUUGUAAUGACGGUAGUUGCGUUCUGUUUGUGUAAGAUCAAAAUUAUUGAUUGAGGUUUUUUUAUGGAUUAAGUCGAUAUUUAAAGCUGUACAGAGUAUUUUUUUAACGGUUGGUUGUGUCGUCAACUUGGUUAGAGGAUCUGUAGAGCUGUGAAUAUUUUCGGUGCACCAUGUUGGUGCAGUAAGUAUUGUCAGGAGCAAGCAAAAAAACAGAAAAAUAUUAUUGCAGUUACAGUUGUGUGAAAUUUUUUUCGCAAAUAAAGUCGUUUUGGUUUUAUUUGUAA